AUGUACUUAGCUUAUGAACGUUUCGAUUUGAUCAACACUUGCAUUGAGAGGAAUUUUAAAACGCAAGAAGACAAAGAAGAUGGAAUUAUAACAGUUCGAAAGAAUCAAUCAAAUGACACUUUAAAAGUCAUUUUGAAAUUGGGAGAAUUACAUGAUAAGCUUGUUGAUUUCAUUAUGAUAAUUAACUCAUUAUUUUCAAUUUUAUUAAUCAAUCUUUUCGGAAAUAUUUUCUUGUCAAAUGUCUUGAGUUUGUUUGCAAUGUAUCGAAUAUUUUUUGGUCAUGAUCAGGAGAAUUACUACAAUGGAAUGAUUCAAUUUUUGUGGAACGUUUAUUUUAUGACUUUAACAAUAUGCUUCAUAGCUUUGUGUAGUCUCAUGACAAGAACAGGAAAAUCUACAGCGGUUUUGGUUCACAAAGCAAUCAAUUACAUUGAUAACGAUAAUGAUCCCAUCAUAUUUUAUCUUAAAAUGUUUUCACAGCAAAUGUUUGAUUCAGACAUAAAUGGUUCAGAAGGCACAAACCUCAUCAACAAUAAUAAAACUUCAAACAAUAUGACUCUCUUGGCUAUGCCGGCAGGAAUACUUUUAGUUAUUAAUAUUGCCUCACGAGUAUUUAAUAACGUUAAUACACGGGUUAAGGCAGAAACCCACACUAUAUGCUACACACUUCAGACUUUACCAAAAAAGAAUGCUUUGAUUGUUAGUGAAACAACAGAUAUUUCCAUAAGAAGAAAUAAUUCUUUUCAUAAUAUGUUUACGGCACCAGCUAAAAGUGACAUCGACAAAGAUUCAAUUGAAAUGUUAAGCUCGAGGCUAUUUCAGUAUAAAAAGCCAUUUGAUUUAACAAAAAUUUCUGGAAUUUCGGAGAGCUGUCGAAGAGAUUUCACACAUUAUUUGGAUUCAUUACAAAAAUUCGAAUUUUGGGCAUUGAAAAUGUACGAUGCGAAUGGUGAAAUUUCUUUUGGCAUCUUGAGUGGAAAUGUCAAUAUGUACGGAGACUUUGAAGAGUGUUUGAACAUUUAUGAAGAAAGUUUACAUUUUCGGGGGAAACAUUGCUUUGUAGAACUGCAACCCUUUGUCUUAAAGUCAGCAGUUUAUUUAAACUACUUAAGAAGACUCGCACAGUCGUACGAUUUAAUGCAAACAAAUUUUAAUGAUCCACCACACGUGUUUGGACGGUUUCAGUCUGUGACACAUGGCAUUUGUGUACCUUCGUCGUGUUCGUAUCAUGAUGUUGAAAUUUCGAUGAGAUUCAUACUCAAUGUCUUUACAAAUAAUACCGGUUUACGAUUUGAAACUAAUGUUAAGGAAGAGAUGUGCCAUGUAAAGAAGAUUAAUGAGUACAAACAGAUUACGUUCGAUGAAUGGAUGACAAUUUUUUCCGUUACUCAUAACUGGCGGGAAUUGACAACAACGAAUCGAAGUAGCGAAGACAUCAAUACGAUUCAUGGAAUAAGAUUUCUCAAUGCAAUAAUGAUUUUUCUUUGUCAUAAAUCAGUUGAUGGCUUAAUGCCGAGAGUAAACAGAACACAAAUGGCAAUAAAUUCAGCAAAAAGUAGUUCAGUUUUGAUAAGAAUGUGUGCAUUGUACACUGAUGUGUUCCUUAUGUUGAGUGGGACAUUAGUCGCAUAUUCAAUGUCAAAGAAAGUUAUGAGGGGACAGAAAAUAAGAAUUUUCCGAGAAUAUAUUGGAAGAUAUAUUCGAAUCAUGCCAAAUAUUGUUACAACAAUGUUGAUUACUGCCAAUAUUAUUCCUUUAUUCACAAAUCAUGGUCCACAGAGUUUUGCUUUAGUAAAAACACCAGCAGAACUAUGCAAGAAAUAUUGGUGGAGAAAUUUAUUGAUGAUUCAUAAUUGGUUUAAAUUUGAAGACAUGUGCAAUGUUCACACACAUCAUGUGGGAUCGGAUUUUGAGCUUUUCCUGAUUGCACCAUUUUUAGUAAUUCUUUUAUGGAGACGAGGGAAAUUCGGAACUUAUUUUGUUCUCUCAUUAUGUCUCGUGUCUGCAAUUGCAAGAUUCUAUGUGACAUAUAAUAAGAAGUUGAUGUAUUUUAUACCUUUUGGUGCCAAACUCUCAACGUUAUUUGAAACAGCGAAUCAUUUAUACUCACUUCCAACUCACCGAUUUUCUGUUUAUGGAAUCGGAUUGUUAUUAGGAUUUAUUUUAAUUAGAUUUAAAGAUUUUAAGUUAUCUAAAUUGGCAUUUGUGAUUGGACAAACUAUCAGCACAAUUCUUUUGAUGUCAGUUCUAGUCUGCGGAAUUUUAAUGACAGGAAUUGACUUGGAGUACAACGUGAUGUUGCAUUCUUUUUAUGCUGCAUUUGCUCCGAUAUUUUAUUGCUUAUGUGCUUGUUGGACUAUCUUUGCUGCACAAAAAGAUUACAAAAAUUUCAUUAUCAGACUUCUAGAAUGGAAAGGAUUCAUAAUUACAACAAAGUUUUGUUAUGCCUUUUAUUUAAUUCAAAUUCCAUUAUUUCAAUUAUCACUAGCCAACACCAAGGAUAUUCAUUACCAUAAUUUAUCAUCGAUUAUCAAUUUAAAUGAAAUCAGUAAAUUGUCCAUGAAAUUUAUUUUACAUCCUACAUAUUUGAUAGUACUUUGGCAGUUGUCUUUAUUCUCAUUGUAUCGUGUCUUCUUUGGCAACGAUCAUAAAAAUUUCUACAACGCGAUUAUUCAAUCUUCGUGGACUUUUACUGUGGCAUUAUAUUUGUUGGGAUUUAUAUCAAUAUCGAGUUUGAUGACAAGAACAGGAAAAUAUUCUGCGGUUUUGACUCAUAAAGCCAUUAAUUUUAUCGAGGAUGAUGACGAUCCGAUAAUCUUUUACCUGCAUCGAUCUCCAACAAUUUCUUGUGGUCUUUUUGUUGUCGAUUUCUCUCUUUUGUUCACUAUAUUGGGAGCAACAACAACUUAUUGCGUAAUUUUGAUUCAAUUUGAUUCUGGAGUUCCCAUGAAUGGAUUGGGCAGCAAUCACACUUUCAAUGAAACGUCCAAUGAUUUUUACAACAUUUCAUCUUUGAAGUGA